GGAGGCGCUCUCCUCCACACUUUUACUGAAGGGAGAACACGAAAUGUGGACAGUAGUGAACGGGCAGACGGUUACUAUUGAUGAUGGAGCGAAAUUCUUCAGUUCUGUCUUCAGAAAGGCAAUUUUUUUAACCCUUCAGUGUCUUUUUCUGGAGAGGAAGAGCUGUCAUGGGAGACGCGCGGCACUUCUCACGCGUCUGGAUUGAUGGAGAACCGCGAAACUUCGCAGUGGAUAUAGAACACGCGCGUGACGCGAUAGAGCGAUGGGACGCAGACGGGAUACAUUGUAACAAAGAUUCCCAUUAGGGUUAGGCGUGCACUGGACCAGCCUAUGCCAUGAGGACUCAGAAGUCCAACGGCCGGACAUCAGCCACAACUUCCCGCCAACACCUGCUGCGUUUCAGUCUUCACUCCAGGAGAAAGAAGGAAGGUGUGAUACAGGGAAAGCUGCGUAUCCGCUCCAUGCCUGGGGCUUUUCUUGUGCUGGGGGUGGUGGUUGUUAUUGUUGGCACUGCACUUGCUGUGGCUGGUUACUGGCCAUACCGGGCCCAUCGUGCAUCACUGGACACGGUAGAGGAAGGAUCAUCAGGGACCUCACCGGCAUCAGGACGGGGAUUAGGAACCAAAGGUCUUUAUUCCGCUGCAAGUUUUGUGCAUAGUGAGAGAAUGAAACUCCUCGGCCCAGUCAUUAUGGGAGUGGGACUCUUUAUACUUAUUUGUGCCAAUACGGUACUCUACGAGAAUCGGGACAGGGAAACGCAAAUGCUUCUCGCUCAGAUGCGGAGCGUCAUCUGCUCUAUUUCUGCGGCGGUGCCUUCGGCAGACCUCUUGCAGGUCAACUCCCUUACCAGGCACUACCAAUGGGUCAGCAACUUACCUGCGGCCCACCUGAACAUCCUCUACUUGCAGGAAUUGUCCAGCUCAGAGCCGCUACUCCCAGUGAAGAGCAUGGACGAGGAGGAUAGCGUGCAACAGCAAGAAACCCUGCACACUGAGGUUCUUCAUCAUCAGGACUCUUCUUCCACCCCCUCGAUUCACUCCUCCAACUCUUGUAACAACAGCAAAGUGAUUCUUUGCACCGAGGAGAAGGGAAACGCAAAUGGACUAGAUCUGCGGCUAGAAAGUCACUAUGGACUCAGCAACUGUGUGACCGCAUCUUCUAUGUCCACACUGGGUGGGGAGGACUGUGAGACCUUCUCCCUUCCACCCAGACGCUGCUACAGCAUGAGCCACAGGACUAGACCACACAUACUGCACAAGGAUGUGAUGCAUCCAGUGGACAAGUCCAUGUCCCCUAUAGGUCACCAAGGACUGCUUCCAAGACAGUCCAGCUCAGAGGUGUGCGUGAACAUGGUUGGGAUUGGAGUUGACCUUGACCUUAUACCUGUGGAAGAGCAGAGACACCUUAGCUGGCCUCAGCUAGACCUCGGAAGCACCAGGAGGUACCUCAAGCUGGAGAACAAAGGAGACUCUGCGGAAAAGUUACUGGAUCAGCUUGAGCAGCAAUGCUUGCAGUUGAACAAAAGCUAUGGCUCAGGCCCCUUCCAGUGAGAUGAGGUUUAAUCAUUACAUCAGGGUUAAUUAAAUGGUAAACCCCAUGGUCAUAAAGAGCCUCACAAAGUGAUAUACACCUGGAAUAAUACCACCUAGAAAUGGGCGCAGUGGAUAUUUUUUUGCACAGUUUCUGGAAUCCCUUGAGGCCAACUCAUUUGCUCAUUUCUAAGAUCUAGCCAUUUAUCUCACUUGACUAGUUUUUGUAACUAGUUAGCUCUGAGAUGUGCGAAGAACAAAAAUGUUGCUUGAAAGAUCAUUAACGUUUGCAACAUUCUCCCUUGCUGCUCUUGAUGGCAUGGAAAUAUAAACAAACGUCCAGGAGCAAUCUAGCGAUGGAGGUGUUUUACAGACAUGGAAACAUGCUAACGGCUUGUGCUUCCAUUGAUCCUAGGAUGAAUCCGACCUCUUGUGUGUAAAAGGGCAAAAGGAGGAAUCUGUUUGGUAUUGUUGUGAAAGCCCUACUUGUUUCCAGUACACAGUAAGCAGUAUUUCUAUAUGUGCAAAGUAGAAUAAAUGAGAACAUCGGCAAAGACCAGAUUCAAAGCAAACACAUUUCUGGCUUCUGAAAUCAGGUCGGCCAAAAUCUUGAUACCAGUUUGUAUAAUUAUAAGGGACUUUGUACCCCAAACUGGAUAAUGCUGGUUAUUUGACCAAAAAUAAUGGAUUUGAUCAUACAGGCUGUCCAAAUGUGGAUUGUCUAUUAUAAUUUAUUUGGUUACAAGUUGACCCAAAAGUUGUCCGUAAAUCUUUCCCAGAGUAUCUGCUCUCCUCUUAUCUCACUGCUCUCCUAUCUCUGCCUAACGGUGGUGAAACAGAAGCAUAGAUGAUGAAGGCACACUGCCCUCCUGGCUUCAUUAACUAAGGUGAUCAGUUUUUGCAUGCACUAAUGCGGGUACAUCACUGCUUUCCCUUUAAAGGGCAGAGCUGGACCAAGCCCCUCUUUUUUGCAGUGAGAAUGUGUAAUUUCCUUCUGUUUAUGAAAACAAGACAGUCACUCUGUCUCUAUUUUGUCUGUGUAGCCUGUUUUUGAACACUGUGUUGUAUGCUGUGUUUUCUCAAUGUAUACUGAGCAAUAUCCACAAUCUGACUGACCAAUCAGUGAAGAUGUCAGACCCUUUACAACUUUGAACUGAAUUCCAUGCCUGUUGCAAAUAAAAGGCAAAGAAAAACCACUUAAAAUGAAAAUGUUUGUUUGCUGAAUACAUGAUGUUUGCACAGCACUUUGCAAGGCAGCAUUGUAUUAAUAUUACUCAAACAUUGUAUGUCUCCUCCACAAUUUUCUGCAAUGAAUUUAGAUUGAACCAGUAAACAUGCAGACUCCAUUCAAACUUUAUGCCUUUUAAGAAAUGUAAGAUUAAAGUCUGAAAAUCUCGAUUGUCUAAUCUAACAGUUUUCAUGACAUCUUUAUAAUAUUUACAAAGUGAAUUGUGUUUGAUAUUCUUUAUUGCAUUAUUUGUAAUUACUUAAUUGUGAUCUGUGGUCUUUUAUUUUUUGCACAUAUUUAAUCACCUAUAGCCACCUUUACACUGCAAAGACAGUGUUCCAUUGUGUUGAUUGUUGUGCACAGUUGACAGAAAAAAAUGAUUCAUGACAACUACAGUGGUGGUUUUGAUGCACCAUUUUAUUUAUCCAUGACUAAAGCCUAAACAUAAGCUUAACCAUUUUUUAAAAUCUUAUUAUUACUGUUUUUAACUGAACUUUAACUAAUAUAUAACUAUUUAACUAAUCAAGUUCUAUAUUUCUGUCUAAUCAUGA